AUGCACGUGUUGGCCCUCGUUACCGGCCUGGUUGGCAUUGCCAAUGCCGCCUGUCCUUACAUGACUGGUGAAGUGGACAGUCGUGUCGAGCGUCGUUCAGAUGGUGAUGCUGCUGCCGAUACUGAGGAAUUCCUGUCUGCCUUCUACCUCAAGGAUCAAGAUGUUUACUUGACUUCUGAUGUCGGCGGUCCCAUUGAGGACCAGAACAGUCUGAAGGCUGGUGAGCGAGGUCCGACCUUGCUCGAAGACUUCAUUUUCCGUCAGAAAAUCCAGCGAUUUGAUCAUGAGCGUGUCCCCGAACGCGCUGUUCACGCCCGAGGCGCCGGAGCUCACGGCACAUUCACUUCCUACGGCGACUGGUCCAACAUUACCGCCGCUUCGUUCCUUUCCAAAAAGGGAAAAGAGACACCCAUGUACACGCGAUUCUCUACUGUUGCUGGAAGUCGUGGAAGCGCCGAUACCGCACGCGAUGUGCACGGUUUCGCGACUCGAUUCUAUACCGACGAAGGAAACUUCGACAUUGUUGGAAACAACAUUCCCAUUUUCUUCAUCCAGGAUGCCAUCAAGUUUCCGGAUCUGAUCCACGCCGUUAAGCCGCGUGGCGACAGUGAGAUCCCUCAGGCUGCUACCGCGCAUGACUCCGCGUGGGACUUCUUCAGUCAACAGCCUAGCUCUCUGCAUACCCUGCUGUGGGCUAUGUCAGGCCAUGGAAUUCCUCGCUCUUUCCGCCAUGUUGAUGGUUUCGGUGUCCACACUUUCCGUCUGGUCACUGAUGAUGGAAAGACGAAGCUGGUCAAAUUCCACUGGAAGAGCUUGCAGGGUAAGGCUAGUAUGGUGUGGGAAGAGGCCCAGCAAGUCGCUGGUAAGAACCCGGACUAUAUUCGCCAGGAUCUUUUCGAAGCUAUCGAGGCUGAGCGUUUCCCUGAGUGGGAGCUUGGUGUUCAAAUCAUGGAAGAAGAGGACCAGCUUCGCUUUGGAUUUGAUCUUUUCGAUCCUACCAAGAUUGUUCCCGAGGAGCUCGUGCCUGUCACUCCUCUCGGAAAGAUGCAAUUGAACAGAAACCCUCUGAACUACUUCGCCGAGACUGAACAAAUUAUGUUCCAACCUGGCCACAUUGUCCGCGGUGUCGACUUCACAGAGGACCCCCUCCUCCAGGGCCGUCUCUUCUCCUACCUGGACACUCAGCUCAACCGCCACGGCGGCCCCAACUUCGAGCAGCUGCCCAUCAACCGCCCCCGCGUCCCAAUCCACAACAACAACCGCGACGGCGCAGGCCAGAUGUACAUCCCCCUCAACAAGGACGCCUAUUCCCCCAACACCCAGAACGCCGGCUCCCCCAAGCAAGCCAACGAAACAGUCGGAAAGGGCUUCUUCACCUCCGACAGAAAGACCAGCGGCAAACUCCAGCGCAGCGUCAGCUCCACCUUCGAAGACGUCUGGUCCCAACCCCGACUCUUCUGGAACUCUCUCGUGCCCGCGGAACAGCAAUUCGUCGUCGACGCAAUCCGCUUCGAGACUUCAAACCUCAAAUCCUCUGUCGUUCAAAACAACGUCAUUAUCCAACUCAACCGUAUCAGUAACGAUCUCGCUUCUCGUGUUGCGGAAGCUCUUGACAUCUCCGCCCCGAAACCAGAUGAUUCCUUCUACCACGACAACACGACCGCACACAUUGGUGCAUUCGGUCAGAAGUUGAAGAAGCUUGAUGGACUGAAGGUUGGAGUUCUGGCCUCUGUCUCGAACAAGACUUCCAUCGCACAAGGCUCCAAGUUGCAAAGUCUUCUUAAGUCCGCCGGCGUUGACGUUGUCGUUGUCGCUGAGCGACUCAUUGAAGAUGUUAACCAGACUUACUCUGGCUCCGAUGCUAUUCAGUUCGACGCUAUUGUUGUUGCCGAUGGUGCGCAGGGUUUGUUCGGUGGAAAGAGCUUUACUGGGAAGCCUGCUAAGGGUGCUGCAUCGCUUUACCCUGCUGGACGGCCUUUGGAUAUUCUCCUUGAUGCGUUCAAGUUUGGAAAGCCUGUUGCUGCGCUUGGUGGUGGUAAGGCGGCUUUGCGUACUGGUCAGAUCUCCACUGAGCGGGAUGGUGUUUACGUUGCUGAAUCUGUUGAAGAUUCGUUCGCAAAGGAUAUUAAGGAGGGUCUGAGCACUUUCAAGUUCUUGGAUCGCUUUGCUCUUGAUUAA